AUGCGGUACACAGAGAAAUGCCUCUGGGCCCUGUCCCUAUCCCUAACUCUCUGUUCCCCAUCGCAAGCAUUCACCCUCGAUAAUAUCAACACAACAGCCAACGCAAACCACAUCUUCAACUCAAUCCAGUCAACCCUCCGCCACUAUGAAUCAUCCAUCUACCCAAAUGGCAUGUCCUUCUUCAUAGCCACCGUCGAAAAGGGAACACGCUUCUACCACGGCACCGGGACACCAGAUCCUAUCGUCGGCGUCGAAUGGCUAGCCUUUAAACCGCAGCAUUCGCUUGGUUUCGCGCAUCGUGCACACGGUCAGAAGGGAUUCAUGCACAAGAAUGAUGAGCAUGACCAUCAUCGAAACCAAGAUAGAGAUCUAGAUCAAGGUCAAGGUCAAGAUCAAGAUCAAGCUCCUCUGGGAAAUCCCCCUGUCCAUCCCCACGGAAACACAAACACAAACGCAAACACAGACCCCGUCAACGCGGGCUACCUCCACACCUACGCCGCCGCAAAAGACCUCCGUCUCCUCUACAUAGACGGCAUGUCCGCUGGCCCAGGCGGCGCCCUCGAGUCCCAGGACCGCAUCCUCUUCAACGACACCAUUUCCCAUCCGGAGCCCGGCCCGCGUCCGCCUGUCGGUGGUCCGCCGGAGGAGAAGGAGCGCGCGUUCCAGACUUGUCGGAUGGUGAAGGAGGUUUGGGGGGAGAGGGUUGAUGGUAUUGCUCGUACCGAGGGCGAUUUUGAGAUUAUUCUUUGUUCGUUUGAGCGCGAUCUUGAGGUUGUGGCUAUUACGCAGACGAAGCCUCAGGUUGGUGGUGGUGGACCUGGUGGUGGUCCUGGCGGCCCUGGCGGCCCCGGUGGUCCAGGUGGUCCUGGUGGUGGGAGGGGGAGGAAGGGUGGGAGGAAGGGUCCCGGUGGUCCUCAUGGCCCUGGUGGCCCCGGUGGUCCUCGUGGGCGGCCACAGGGUGGUGAUUGUUGCUCGAUCGAUGCGCGGUAUGAUCGGUUACUUGGGCAGAAAGUCCGUUUGGAUUUCGAUCACUUUGUCACGGCGUAUGGGUACGACCUUGAUCUUUUCCCUGGGGAUUCGAAAAUUCCGUUGCUGGAUCAUAUUCCCAGUGAGGAGUUUGAGCCUGUUCGAUCGGACAUCAAUGAGAUGGUUAACACUCUUCGGCCGGUUGACUCUCCCUUUGAUUGGCAGGCUGUUGCUGAUAUGAUUGUUUUCCGGUACUCGGAUGAACUGCGGACUCUGGCAGCUGGCAAUUUCUCGUCGGUUGAUGUCCUUCGGACGAGGAUUGAGGGUGUUUUGGAGCCUUUUAUUGAUUAUAGGGACUUUGGGGCCAGGGAGGAUAUUGUUGGGUUGUGUCAGAAUGAGUUUAUUCCUGCUUCUGCUCCUGCUGAGUCUCUUGCUGGCCAGGUUGUGUCUUCCAUCUCUCGGGAGGUCUGUGAUACUUUGGCAUCAGGGCUGUUGGAUGGGAAGGAUUUGGAUGAGACUGUGGAGAGUUUCAAGCAGCUUGUUUCGUUCUUGGGCUGGACUACGUGGAAGUAA